AUGCCUCUUAUCGAUAAUAAUGUAAAACUUGAUUUUAAAGACGUUCUUAUUCGUCCAAAACGUUCAACAUUAAAAAGUCGAGCAGAUGUUGAUUUAACACGUGAAUUUAUAUUUCGUAAUAGCAAAAAAACCUAUCAAGGCAUUCCAAUAGUUGCAUCAAAUAUGGAUACUGUUGGAACAUUUGAAAUGGCAAUACAAUUAUCAAAAUUACAAUUAUUUACAACUAUUCAUAAACAUUAUACAGUUGAACAAUGGAAAGAAUUUGCUAAGGAACAUAAGGAUGUACUUCCUAAUGUAGCAAUAUCAACUGGUAUGACAGAAAAUGAUUUUAAAAAAUUACGUGACGUUAUGGAUGCAAUACCAGAACUUGAAUAUAUAUGUGUUGAUGUUGCUAAUGGUUAUUCAGAACAUUUUGUUGAAUUUGUUCGAUUUGUUCGAAAAGAAUUUCCUGAUAAAACAAUAUUUGCAGGAAAUGUUGUUACAUGUGAAAUGGUUGAAGAACUUAUUUUAAGUGGAGCUGAUAUUGUUAAAUGUGGUAUUGGACCAGGUAGCGUUUGUACAACACGUUUAAAGACUGGUGUUGGUUAUCCUCAAUUAUCAUGUAUUCUUGAAUGUGCUGAUGCUGCUCAUGGUCUUGGUGGACAUAUUGUUAGCGUAAGUUAUUUUUUUUAA